AUGGGCUUACAGGUCAAAUUAUAAGAUAAGAGAGAGCCGGAAAUGAGCGAUUGAUCAGGAAUUGGCCUCUCCUUCGGCGUUCUUGCUGACGAGCCGCCUGCUGGAAGAGUCCGAAAUGCCCCGAAACAGCCGAGAAGCGAGCACAGGAGAGCAAAGGCGGCGGUUGACAAUUUUACGAACAAGUACGACCCAAGUGAUAUCUUCAACAUGGACGAAACCGGUCUCUUCUACGCUAUGCGUCCGUCUACCGGCCUUGCUCGGAACGGUCGAAAUGGUGUCAAGAUGAAUAAGACUCGCAUCAUUGCGAGACAUGAGGCGUGGAACGACAUCCGCCCCGAGACGAUUGCCAACUGCUAG